GGGAACAGCCAAGAGGGAAUGGACCCGUUUUCUUUGUGUUGUUGACCUUUUAAAUAUUCGUAACUAUUGUGUUUGUUAUGCAUACUUACUAAACACUGUAACGUGGUAACUUUACCAAGAUAGUUCAGGAUUUGAUUGCGGCGCUGUACUUUAUUUUUGCUAGCGUGUUAGCCAAGUCAAGCUAAACAGAGUAGAGCCAUACCGGAAAUACGCUCUGUUGCCUUUCAGUGUAAAAUACACGACGACCCGCUACAAAGACGGACCUUUUAUUGUGAAACUUCAAAAAGUUGGCUGAACGUUGUCACUUUUUGUCAUGCUUGACGCUAGUGCACGUAUUUUCCUACGUUGUAUUUGUCUUACAUUGAGUCUGUUGAGUAGUCUUGAGGCAUUUGGUAACUUAAUAGGAAUACUUUGACGGGCCUAUUUGUUUUAGCCGACACGGAUAACGUUAACAUGUUAGACGUGUGUGCGGUAUUGUAGGAGUCUAUCAGGAAGAGUUGUGGUAGGCCUGCUCGGGUUAUUUACAUCCCUGCCAGUGGAUAACAAGUCCCUAAACAGACAUGUCACUGGGAGACUAUGAAAGACAUUUCGACUCGCUAAAUUCAGAUUUGGGCGGCGGGUCGGUGGUCAGUGAGCGGUCAGCGGCCAGCACGUAUGGCGAAGAGGAGAAGCUGCAUUACAUUCCCAUCCGGAUCCUCGGGAGGGGGGCGUUCGGGGAGGCCACUCUGUACAGAAGAUCUGAGGACAACUCUUUGGUGGUAUGGAAGGAGGUGGAGCUGAACAAUCUCUCCGAUAAGGAGCGCAGAGAUGUCAUGAACGAAAUAAGCAUCCUCUCCAUCCUGGAGCACAACAACAUCAUCGCCUACUUUAACCACUUCCUUGAUAAAAACACCCUGCUCAUCGAGUUGGAGUAUUGUAAUGGAGGAAAUCUGUAUGAUAAAAUCAACCACCAGAAUGGCAAACUUUUCAGUGAAGAGGUAGUCAUAUGGUACCUGUACCAAGUUGCCUCAGCAGUGUCGCACAUUCACAAGGCUGGGAUCUUACACAGAGAUAUCAAAACUUUGAAUAUUUUCCUGACUAAGACUGACCUCAUCAAGCUGGGCGAUUAUGGGCUUGCCAAAAAGCUAGACAAUGAGUUUUCAAUGGCGGAGACUUGUGUGGGAACUCCAUAUUACAUGUCGCCUGAAUUGUGCCAAGGAACGAAGUACAACUUUAAAUCAGACAUCUGGGCCAUGGGUUGUGUCAUUUUUGAAGUUUUGACUCUCACAAGAACGUUUGAUGCAACGAACCCUCUGAACCUCUGCGUGAAAAUUGUCCAGGGCAACUGGACUAUGGAAGUGAACUCGGAUGUUUAUUCAUCUGCAUUGAUCAAACUCGUGUAUGAGUGCCUCGAUCAAGAUCCUGCAAAGAGGCCUACAUCUGACGAGAUCCUGGACCAGCCAAUCAUCUCCUGCUGCAGACAGGAGCUUGAAGAGCGCGUUGCCCUGCUGAAUUCUGCAAUGAAGAAACCAAAGCUGAGUACAGUGAGCGACACUCCUGUUGCUGUGGUGACCACACGCUCGAGGGAUGUGUACUGCUGGGGCGGAGGGAAGUUCACCCCUCAGAAAUUGGACUCGUUUAAAGGAGGCAGCAGUGCCCAACAUGUGUGUGCAGGGGAGAGUCACUUUGCCGUGGUGACAGUGGAGAAGGAGCUGUACACCUGGGCUGAUGUUCAAAGUGGAGCCAAGAUGGUGGGCCAGCUUGGACACGGAGACCAGGCCUCGUACCGGCAGCCGAAGAGGGUGGAGAAGCUGCAGGGGAAGGCCAUCCGACAGGUGGCCUGCGGGGCUGACUUCACUGCCUGUAUCACCGAUGAGGACGAGAUGUACAUGUUCGGGUCGGACUAUUACGGCUGCAUCGGAGUGGAGGGCGAGUUCGGCACGGAGAUUUUGGAGCCAGUGCUUUUGGAGUUUUUCGAGGAGCGGCCUGUGCGUCAGGUUUCAUGUGGAGACAACCAUGUGGUGGUCCUGACUCAGAGUGGGGACAUCUACUCCUGGGGCUGCGGAGAGUACGGGCGUCUUGGUCUGGAAUGUGAGGAUGACUUCUCAUCUCCAAUGCAGGUGGAGAUCCCUAAAGGCGCCACCAUCUCCUCAGUGUCAUGUUCCACCGAUGGAACCUUCUUUUUAACAGACACUGGCAAAGUCCUAGCGUGUGGAAACAAUGAGUUCAACAAGCUGGGACUGAACCAGGGAAUCUCUGGUCUCAAGAACCACACUGGAGAGGGUUACCAGGGGAUACCGUACAUCACCACGCUGACCCUGGUAAAGCAGCUGUCGAGGUUCAAGAUCCACACCAUCUCUCCGGGGAAGACCCACACGGCUGCUAUCGAUGGCUUUGCAGAACGUGGUCGUUUGAUCACCUUCGGGUGCAACAAGUACGGACAGCUGGGCGUGAAAGACUUUAAGAAACAUCAGGGAGUCCAACUCCUCCUCGGACCCUUUGGAGGCAAGACGGUGACCAAAGUGUCGUGUGGAGAUGGCUUCACCAUCGCAGCCACUGAGGACAAUCAGAUCUUUGCCUGGGGAAACGCAGGAAACGGGCGCCUCGGGAUGCCGGCUGAUAAGGGCUUCGGUUCAGAGGUGUGCCCUUCCAUGCCAAGGCCGAUCUUUGGCUCCCUCCAUCAUGUGCCGGACCUCUCCUGCCGUGGCUGGCACACCAUCAUCAUAAUGGAGAAAGUGCUCAACUCCAAGACUAUUCGCUCUAACAGCAGCGGUAUAUCAAUUGGUAGUGGACUGGGCCAAGGAGCAUCUACAUCCACAGUGGAUCUGGACAUAGAACCUGGAUCAGAGACAGAGUGUCGUGACCGGGGUCUUGGGGGAACACGGGAGGAUAAAACAGAGGAGUGCUUCAUGGAGACGUCGAUGAUGUCACUGGCAAGUCAGAGUGGCGACAGCUCCUGCCCCCUCUGGCUCAGGAAGGAGCUCGAGAAUGCAGAGUUCAUCCCCAUGCCACUGGACUCUGAGGCAUCCACUCCUGACCCGCUCUCUUCUGUCUCUGAGACCGUCACUCUACCUUACGAGGAGCUGAAAGAGCUGAAGGCCGCGGCAGCAGCAGUCAGCACAAAGAAGGAGCUAUCGACUAAACGAAUGGGCUGUGAUAAAGUCAAUGGACUGGAGGAGGCUGACGUCUGCAAAAAAGGACAGUCUGGUGCCUGCUGCGAAGCAAGUAGUGAAGUCACACAGCUGCAAGAGACGGUUGCUCGUCAGGAUUUGAGGAUCCAAAUGCUGGAGAAGCAGGUCAACGAGCAGCGGAAGGAGAACGAAAGGCUUUGGGCAGCCAUCAAUCGCUCAACGUUACGGGAAGCAGGAUGUGACAACAACGGAAACCAUCCCUCUGACGCCCGUAUGCCCGGGGAUGGGGGGGAAAGAGGAGGCAGACUCACACACCAUGGGGGCCGACCUGCAGGGGCCAGCGUGUGAGACUUCACCUGCAGAUGCCCUGGUUAUGGGAGCGUGUCAAAACUCUUAUAUCGAACCAAACAAGCUGGUUAGAUGUGCAGUAGAGGGUGCAGCCUCCUGCCUGUUUGACAAUGGUUACAUACAGUAUACAUAUUUCAAAUGUAGUUGCAUGAUGACAUUCUGUUACGUUAUACUGUAUAAUGCCUUGCACACUUGUUCACCUGGGUGCAGUGAUCUAGAACAGUUUCUCAACAAACUGAAAUGUUGGCUGGGUUCAAUAAGAAGCCCCUGAGAGGAUCAUCAUAGUGUUACUCUGCUUUGUGAAAGUAAAGUCGUUUUUUGAUGAACUUUUAAGAUGAUGUCAGCAUUGUUUAUUCAGUCCUUAGUGCCUCACAUAUGUGCAUUUAGGUAAGACAAUCUCAUGUGACUAUGAAAUAGUUUGCAAAUGCAUCCAAAGUUUAGAGUUUCCUCUUGUCAAUUGUUAGGAGAUUGGCUGCCGGGAUGUGGUCCAUAUUGAUCAUGUUGGCGCAAUCUUCCAAUGUGAAAAAAAACCUUUUUUAUGUAUCACUUUAUUCUUCAUUACUGUACUUCCAUUUGAUCUUCUUAGAGAAGGUUAAAGUGCCAAAGACAAAAAGCCUCUAAAACUAUUUUCCAUAUUUAUCGGACAUGUAAGCUAUUACAAACAUAUUCAACUUAUCUCAUGCAAAUAUAUACUUUUUUAAAUGUUCAUGACUUAUUAACAUAUGAAAGUAUUUGUGUGAACACGUAACUACUGAAUCAUAUUUUUAAGACACCUUUUAUUUUUGCCUUCAACGCUUGAAUUCUUGUGGGGCAGCACAUGCACAACACUUGAAAUGUUUUCUUUGAAUGGUGAAACAUUCAUUAUAUAGCUCAUUGCAGCUAUAAUGUCAUUGUUUUUCUUAUGCAUUUUUAACUAUUUUAUCUGUCUUACUUUCUGAAUUUAUGUUUCACCAUAUUUUGAAAUAUUUGUGAAAGCAAAUAUGUAUGUUUUUUGUGUGUGUUAUAACAAAUAUAACAAAAAUGCAACAGUGCCUUAGAAAACUAUAUAAACCAAAAGUUAUUGCAUUUAUGACAGUGUAUAGUGUGUUGGCAGCGUUUCAUUUUUCUCAACAGUUAACCAAAUAUUAUGGAGAUGUAAUAGUUGUAUAAACUCUUUUCUUACAGGCACACUGUAGAUUCAGUCUUUGUUUAAAAGCCAUAAAUAAAAAAACAGCUGUCUUUUG